AUGAGUUUAUGUUCUAAAGAACUUUCACCAGAUCGUAAUAAUAGUUAUGAUAGUGACCAUAGCAAUGACUACAACUAUGAUAAUGACUACAAUCAUGAUAGUAAUUACAAUAGUGAAUAUGUUAAUAAUAAAGAAAAGGACCAAAAAACUGCUAAAUAUAAGGUUUCGAAGUGUAUGUAUGAUGAAUUUUCUUGUAGAAAAGAAGGCUUAACUAGCCCCCUCUGGUGUCAUUUGGAAGUUUCUCAUUAA